ACGCCGGCGUAUCAGACAGCGAUUGCCUGUAAAACCACGUAGUCGAUCCUGAUCUUUCGUCUGCCGUGUGUUUGUUGCGGUGCGUUUUGUGGUAGACAUGCCGCUGUCUUUUGCUCGGUUCGGAAACUCCUUGCCCUUUUCCAAGCUCUUCAGGCAGCUAGAGCAAGAGAUGGAAACUGUGGUAAAGGUACUGCAGCCUGGACCUUUGGGAAUCACAGAGCACAAGUUCUCUGCUGAGGAGAUACACGAGGCGAAUGCUACAGUUUGUAAAGCAGUAGAGAAUUGGCAAAGGAAUGCAAAGCUAGAGCAGAAAAACCAAGUCUUAAAAGAUUAUGUCAAUUAUUGAAGCUGUGUUGGAAUACUUGUUGUGUUGUUAUGUCAUGGAUGUUUGGGUAACUAAUGUUCAGCUAAAUAUGUGAGCUCUUCUCUAUGCUUAAUUAAAGUAUGUAAUAUUCUCUCUAAGCAAUAAUUUUCUUCUUUGUUUUCCUUUGUUAUCAUAUAAUAUGAAGGAAGAAAUGCUUAUUUGG